AUGCCGCCACUGGAUAAGAGGAUCAAGAAAUUCUUAAAGGACUCCGUUCGAAUCGCGCCUAAAAUAUCCAAUAAGGGUGAAUUAGGUGAAUUACGGACUGGUUUAGUCUCCCAGUACCCACAAACUCGGAAAGAUGCGAUCAAGAAAACAAUCCAACAAAUGACGUUGGGAAAGGAUGUUUCUUCACUUUUUCCUGAUAUCUUAAAGAACAUUGCCACUAUUGAUGUUGAGCAAAAAAAAUUGGUCUAUCUUUAUGUGAUGAAUUAUGCUGAAACACAUCCCGAGUUAUGCAUCCUUGCCGUUAAUACAUUCAUUACCGAUGCACAAGAUCCCAAUCCCUUAAUUCGUUGCAUGGCAAUUAGAACAAUGUCAAUGAUAAGGGUCGACAAAAUUUUAGAGUACAUUGAAACUCCCCUUCGUCGUACUUUGCAUGACGAUAAUGCGUAUGUACGGAAAACAGCGGUGAUAUGUGUCGCAAAACUUUUCCAAUUGAAUAAGGAGUUAUGUGUUGAGUUUGGUGUCGUUGAAGACUUGAUUAAUGCUUUAGAUGACUCAAAUCCUCUUGUUAUUGCAAAUGCAACAGCGGCAUUAAUUGAGAUUCACAACAUGGAUGUGAAUGCCGUCGAACUUUCAAGUUUGAUUCAGUCGCACGUGUCACAGUUUCUGCUAGCAUUAAAUGAAUGUACCGAAUGGGCGAGGAUUACCAUACUGGGGACGCUGUCUGAAUACACCGCUAAAGAUUCUUUAGAGGCACAGGAUAUCAUUGAUAGAGUGACUGCGCAUUUACAGCACGUCAACCCAGCGGUUGUCCUGGCAACUAUAAAGGUGAUCGUAAGAAACUUACCGCAAAUUGAAUAUUCCUCAAAUAGUCUGAUAAUGAAAAGAUUGUCAUCUGCUUUUGUAUCUCUGAUGUCGACGCCGCCUGAGAUGCAAUAUGUGGCUUUAAAAAAUAUCAGAAUAAUACUGGAAAAGUAUCCAGAGCUAUUGACCAAAGAGUUGAGAAUAUUUUAUAUAAAGUUCAACGAUCCACUUUACGUUAAGUUGGAGAAAAUCGAUAUUCUGGUAAGACUAGUUGACCCUUCUAAUUUGAAACAGUGUACUUUAUUAUUAACUGAGUUGAAAGAAUAUGCAAUGGAAUAUGAACCUGAGUUUGUCUCGAGAGCUAUUCAAGCUCUGUCUCAGUUAGGUAUUAAGUACGCAGAAGAAUCAUUUGUUAUUAAGGUUUUGGAUAUUCUUUUAGAGUUGCUAGAAAGACAAGAUACAAUAAAAGACGACUGUUGUAUAUCAUUAUGUGAUUUAUUAAGGCAUUGUCCCGAAAACGAUAAGAUGGCCAAGCAGGUUUGUGCGGUAUUUAAUAGUUGGCAAAAUCCAGAAGUUUUGUUGCAGUCAGAUAUUGCAAAGUGUAACUUUGUGUGGCUGUUAGGACAACAUCCAAACAAUUUUUCCAAUUUAGAGUCAAAAAUCAAUAUCUUUAUAGAAAAUUUUGUCCAAGAGGAAGCUCUGACGCAGAUGUCCUUGUUGAUGACAGUAGUCAGACUUCAUAAUUCUUUGACAGGCACCUUGCUACAAAAUAUUCUGGAAUUGGCUACACAACAGACACAUGAACUAGAUGUCCGAGAUAUGGCAAUGAUGUAUUGGAGAUGUCUUUCAAUGCCAAAUUCUGAAGACUUAAUUAAUGACUUAUGCCAAAGUAAACUCCCCGUGAUUUCCAAUACACUUGAGAAAUUUUCACCUGAAGUACUAGAGAAAUUACUAAUGGAGAUGGGUACUAUAAGUUCUAUCUAUUUCAAGCCUGACUCAAACAGAAGAAAAGGCAGGAAAUAUACUCAGAAUAUUGUUAAAGGGAAACAUAUAGAGGAACUAGAAAGCAUGGCAAAAGAUGAAAUUACUAACAAGGCAAAUGAUGAUGUGCUGUUGGAUUUCGAUGAUAGGGAUGAUGCAACGAACACCAAUGCAGCAAUGCUGAAUAAUUCCAACGCUUUGCGCGAUUUAGAUGACUUGUUCGACUUCCAAUCUUCUGAGGAUACUACACAAAUAAACACGAACGGUUUCAAGACUGUUCAAGGGUUGAAGAACUUGAAACUAGGUGACAAAUCAAACACUAUAUCUUCCAACGCUAAAAAGGGUUCUGAGGUUUCGAACAACAAUACAGUGUCACAGGAUCUGCUUGAUCUGUUUUGA